ACAAUCCGUCCGCACCCUCCUACACCUGUCACACCUGACUCCCGGACAACACCGUCUGCACCGCCACUCCAGGCCUCAGCCUCCAGCUGCUGAUACGCAGAUAGCAGCAAGCUGCUGGGGGAUCAGCACGGCCCCAACUACGGGACCCUCCCCGUCUGGAAAGCCCAGCAGUGCAUGGAGCUUUGCGGCUAUCGGAAGGUGACGGCAUGGAGCGUCCUGUGCUACGUGUGCUGCGCUCUGACCCUGGGGCUCCUCCUCAUCGUCUUCCACUGGAAACCGCGGCUCUACAUACUGAUGACCCACCGCCGCUGCCCGCUGGCCGAGGCCGACACCGUCAUCCUCAAGGAUACAUUUGGACAGAUUAGUAUUGUGACCGUUCAGAAGGAGCGCGGCGUAGAUCCUGGUCUGUACAGUGAAAGCGAUGGACGGGACGGCGCGGCGGUGGGCGGCAGCGUCAUCCUGGGAGUCGGCGAGGAAGAGGAAUUCAGGGACACCAUUCAGCUGCACUACAAGGAGGAGAAACACGGACUGCGAUACUUUGUGUUUGAAGGAAUGCGAUACAUAUGGAACGAGCGCUGCAAGGACUUCGUCAAAGUCAGUUCUCGGGAUGACGGUCAAACCUGCGGUGAGAUAUGGAAGUUUGCGUCGGGGCUGAACCAGACUGACCGCGAUUAUCGGAGGCUGAUUUACGGUCGGAAUGAGAUCGACGUUCCGGUGAAGUCAUACGGGCAGCUGCUGAUCGGAGAGAUCCUGAACCCCUUCUACAUCUUCCAGCUCUUCAGUGUUGUCCUCUGGUUCUGCGAGGAAUAUUAUUACUACGCCGUUUGUAUCAUUAUAAUAUCCUUUAUCUCCAUCGGUGUGUCGCUCUACGAGACUAAGAAGCAAAGCAUUACCCUCCGCAAUAUGGUGAAGAUUUCCGUAUCUAUAAAAGUGCGGCGAGGAACUGGAGACGAAGUGAUGGUGAAUUCCUUGGAUCUGGUCCCCGGGGAUUGUAUCCUCGUUCCUCCGGAAGGUCUGUUGUUGCCGUGUGACGCCGCCCUGCUGGCCGGGGAGUGUAUGGUGAACGAGAGCUUGCUGACAGGGGAAAGCGUUCCUGAAAUGAAGACGCCGUUACCCGAUGGCCCCAACGCCGCUGACACCGUUUACUCCGCAGAUGCCCACCGCCGCCACACGCUGUUCUGCGGGACGCAGAUUAUCCAGGCCAAGAGCUACGUGGACAGUGAUGUCAUCGCGGUCGUACUGAAGACAGGGUUCUGCACAGUGAAGGGGAACCUCAUCAGCUCCAUUCUCCACCCCAAACCAAUCUUCUUCAAGUUCUACCGCGACGCCAUGAUGUUUGUGCUCGCCUUGUCCGCCUUUGCUGCCAUUGGGCUCAUCUACAGCCUUGUGAUCCACAUUCUGCACAAGGUUAGGCUGUCGGAGCUCAUCCUGAACACCCUGGACAUCAUCACCGUCAUCGUCCCCCCGGCUCUGCCGGCCGCCAUGACGGUGGGGACCGUCUACGCCCAGGGCCGGCUGAGGAAGAAAAAUAUCUUCUGCAUCAGUCCCCCGCGCAUCAACGUCAGCGGCAAGAUAAAGAUGAUGUGCUUCGAUAAGACAGGUACUCUCACGGAGGAAGGGCUGGACGUUUGGGGGGUGGUCCCACUCGAGGACACCUACUUCCUGCCCAUUUCCCACGAUCCUCGCUCGCUGCCAGACGGGCACCUCUUAUAUUCUCUGGCCUCCUGCCACUCCAUCACCCUGCUGAAUGGAAAUCCCAUCGGAGACCUGAUGGACCUGAAGAUGUUGGAGUCCACCGGAUGGGUUCUGGAGGACGGAGACGCAGACCCGCGUACCAAGGACAUUUUUGGGACCAAAGUGCUGUCGGUGAUCAAGCCGCCCACCCUGGAGGAGCAGCCGCACGGGCCUAAGCACACGGUCCCGGUGGGCGUCCUGCAGCGGUUCCCGUUCUCCUCCAGCAUCCAGCGGAUGAGCGUCAUCGCCAGACAGUCGAGCGAUCCGCAUUCUCAGCUCUACAUGAAGGGGGCGCCGGAGAUGGUGGCCAGUCUGUGCCGCAACGAUUCGGUACCGCGUGAUUUCUCCGCCAUGCUGCGUCAGUACACUCAGGACGGGUUUCGGGUUCUGGGCUUUGCGUAUAAAACUCUGCCGACCACCAGAACGUUUGAGGAGGCGCAGGCUGUGACCAGAGAGUCGGCGGAGCGCGAACUGACCUUCCUGGGGUUCCUGGUGAUGAGGAACGUGCUGAAGCCGGAGACGGCGCCCGUCAUCUACUCCCUGAGAAAAGCCAACAUCCGCGCCGUCAUGGUGACCGGUGACAACAUGUUGACCGCCGUGAAUGUCGCCAAGAGCUGCCACCUUGUGGAGGCAACGGAAAAGGUUUUCUUCGUGAACGCCUCCCCUCCAACCUACGACAGCUCCGCGACCCUGAGGUUCAUCCCGUCCGAGCCGACCGCGGGGGAGGACAACAGAGAGGGGCUGUACCAGCAAGGAGGAGGAGCUUUCCUGGACCGCGAGCCGUUCUGCUUCGCCAUGAAUGGGAAAUCUUUCGCGGCUCUGACUGAUUACUUCCCCGAAAUGCUGCCCAAGGUUCUUAUGCACGCCGCAGUCUUCGCCCGAAUGUCCCCCGACCAGAAAACUCAGCUGGUACAAAACUUUCAAGUUCUGGGCUACUGUGUGGGGAUGUGCGGAGACGGAGCCAAUGACUGCGGGGCGCUGAAAGCUGCCGAUGUCGGGAUCUCUCUGUCGGACAGCGAGGCCUCUGUCGCCUCGCCAUUCACCUCCAAAAUCGACAACAUCGAGUGCGUGCCCAUCGUCAUCCGGGAAGGCCGCUGCUCGCUGGAGACCUCAUUUGAGACGUUCAAAUACAUGGCGAUGUACAGCUUCAUCCAGUUCAUCACCAUUCUCAUCCUGUACACGGUGGGCACCAGUCUGGGCGACUUCCAGUUCCUCCUCUUUGAUCUGGUUAUCACCACCACUGUGGCCAUCCUGAUGGGCAGAACCGGCCCGGCCAGCGAGUUGGGGGUAAAGCGUCCGCUCGGCACUCUGAUCAGUAUUCCGGUCCUGGGGAGCCUGAUAUGCCAGACCUUGCUCGUCAUUCUCGUCCUGCUGAUGUCCUACUUCCUGACCACAUCGCAGCCCUGGUUUCACCCGGUUAAUAUCACCAGCCAGGCACAUCAGCACCUCCCGAACUAUGAGAACACGGCCAUCUUCUGUGUGUCCGGAUUCCAGUAUAUCAUUCUCGCCAUCGUCCUAUCAAAAGGAUAUCCUUUCCGGAAGCCUCUGUACACCAACAUCCUGUACCUGCUGGUUCUGAUCAUCCUGCUGGCGUUGAUGUUGUGGAUCGUACUCUACCCCCUCCUCUUCAUGCGGAAUCUUCUGAACCUCAUGAACCUAGACGAUAUGAACUUCAAGCUCGUAUUGGUCGGGAUCGGAGCCGUCAACUUUGUAGCCGCCUUCCUCAUUGAGACCUCCCUGGAUCACGGCUAUUGCAACUUCUUACAGAAACUGCGCAGGAAAAAGGAAUCGAAGAAAAUGUACAAGAGGCUGGAAGUCCACCUCCGGGAGCAGCACUCGUGGCCCCCCGCCAAUCAGACUUUGUACCCCAGCAGAUCCAAACCAUCCAGGUAGCAGGAAAUCUGCCGACCCCGCUAGACUUUGUUACCGGCUGCCGAAAGGUCAUUACUGACGUGUUACUGCCCCCCGGAGGACACCAUUGUCAUUGGUUCAGACUUUAGGAUAAAAAAAA